CGGUGGCAAACGAAUCGGACGGUCGGAACUUUCUGGAACAAGAGCAAGAACGCCUCGUUCUGUUGUGAAAACAGAAACAUAACAAGUAACCGGGAAUCGAAAAAAAAAUAAAUCGUGAGAUCGUUUGUGGUGGAUUUGUGGUAAACACGAACAACGUCGCUUGCUGCAGCUGAUAAAAGAAGUGCGCCGACGAGAGGCAGAAAUACAAUAAACAAAUAAAGCAAAAUGUGUAAAUUCUUAUCAAUUUUGAAGCUGAUCGUGGUUUCUGCGAUGACCAUCAGUUUUGUACAGAGUGUGCAGUUCGAAAAUUGCGCUGACGCAAACACGAUCGGGAACUUCAGCUUGGUGGAGGUAUCGGACUGCGACCUUAACGAGUCGAAAUGCGUGCUGAAGCGAAAUUCGAAUGCCACCAUAUCGAUUACAUUCAGCUCUGAGGAAGACCUGUCGGAGCUGAAAGCCGUUGUCCACGGUGUCAUCCUGGGCAUGGAGGUUCCGUUCAAGCUGCCGAACGACAACGGUUGCGUGAACAGCGGCCUGGAGUGUCCGCUGUCGAAGAACACCGAUCUGAAGUACACGGCAACGCUGCCGGUGCUGAAGCAGUAUCCCAAGGUCGUCGUCGACGUGAAAUGGGAACUGAAAUCCGCCAACCAGGAAGUUGUUUGCGUUAAAAUUCCGGCCAAAAUUCAGUGAGUCCAGUGAGUAAGAAGCAGCAAAACGCCGACAAACAGUCACACGACAAGACGCGAUAGUGAAUUAAAUUAGAUUAAGAAUCAUUUCAAUGAGCAUCCAUUUAGCAGUUCCACUUGUGGUGAUGAUGAUGUACCGUACGAAGGGGCUUGCAUAAGUACCUCAAACUUAAGGCAGUUUUCUUUCUUGCCUGCUUGCUUACUCGCGAAGAAGCUGGUAGGUAGUAGGACAGCAGGAGCCGGUGUGUAUUGUGAGUCAAUUUUUCGAAUAAAAACCGGUGCCGCGUGA